AUGUCCAUCUUCAAUUGCUUUGGGCUUUUGUACAUCACAGUGGGUUCCUUUAUGAUCAGCGUGAUCAGGGACUAUGAGAUUAUAGAUGAUACGCGGAUUGUGCCCAUUACAGUUGUGUUUUUGGGUUGUGCCAUGGUGCUGCUAUCGCUGCAGAGUUGCUAUGGCUUGUAUCGGCAUAAGGCGUGCCUCAUCACAUCGUACUCUGUCAUGAACCUUUUGCUUUUGCUGAUCCACAUAUAUUUCCUGUGCUAUUUAUGGCUGCAGCUGGGCUCCAAAAUGCACAUGUCCUCUGAUUUGUAUCCCAAAUAUCCCGCCUCCUGUUACAAUGUGUUCAACCAUGCCUCGCUUUUGGAACUCAACCAGUGUCGGGAGGAUGUUAUGUAUUCGUGGAACAUGGGUGCCAAUAUUAUCAAGUUUACCAGUGUUAUGGUCAUAGUUUUUGAGUUUGUUGCAUUCUCAAUGGGUUGCUAUGUGGCGGAUGCUGUUCGCAUUGCUGAGAGAAUUCAAUAUAUGCCAAUACAAUAG